CGGCCUCGGCGCGCCUUGUGUGGUAACGCGCUCCGCCACUGCCACGCUAUUUAAACGCCGGUUAUGGAUCCAGGAACCGGCGCGAAUCAAUGAGAUCAAACGCGAAGGAGAUGCACCGUCAAUUACAAGCACUUGGACAAGUCUACUUUUUUUUUCUUUUACAAAUAUGCUUUCAAAAGCAACCUUAGCAACGCCCAAAUAGAAGCCACUCUAAGCAAAAUAGUAUAUAUAAAAGGAGGGCGAAUAGAUAUAUUUAUAAUAAGUAUAUGUAUAUAUAAAUAUAUUACAGGCGUACAGGUUUACACCCGGUGAACUUUUUCUUCUUUUUCUUUCUUUCUUUUUUUUUUUUUUAAACGAGUGACACUGCAAAGAAGGACUCUUCCUCUCUAUCUUUUGGCGAGUUAGUAAAGGGGGUAUUCUCUUUUCUUAGAGCGCCCAAGGGGGCGCAGGGACCUUGGAGAGAAGAGUGGGGAGGAAAGAAGAAGGAUGGGUGGGGGGCAGAGGGCGAGCCGGCAGCGAGGGCCGGCGCUUUCCUGCGGCACGAUGCUGUCCCUACCGGUGCUCACUUUCUCUGCGUUCGUCCUGCUCAGCUGGGUGUUGCUGGCCGGCAGCACGGGUGGCGGUGGCAGCGGGGGCGAGGGCCCGGGCGGCGGGCGCCGGGAGAGAGAGGCGCUGCCGCCCCAGAAGAUCGAGGUGCUGGUGCUAUUGCCCCAGGACGACUCGUACCUGUUCUCCCUGGCCCGGGUGCGGCCGGCCAUCGAAUACGCGCUGCGCAGCGUGGAGGGCAACGGGACCGGGCAGCGUCUUCUGCUCCCCGGCACUCGCUUCCAGGUGGCCUAUGAAGACUCAGACUGCGGUAACCGUGCACUCUUCAGCCUGGUGGACCGCGUGGCCGCGGCGCGGGGCGCCAAGCCGGACCUCAUCCUGGGGCCCGUGUGCGAGUACGCGGCGGCGCCGGUGGCCCGGCUUGCGUCGCACUGGGACCUGCCCAUGCUGUCCGCCGGGGCACUGGCCGCCGGCUUUCAGCACAAGGACACGGAGUACUCGCACCUCACGCGCGUGUCCCCCGCGUACGCCAAGAUGGGCGAGAUGAUGCUCGCCCUGUUCCGCCACCACCAGUGGAGCCGCGCCACGCUGCUUUACAGCGACGACAAGCUGGAGCGGAACUGCUACUUCACCCUCGAGGGCGUCCACGAAGUCUUCCAGGAGGAGGGUUUGCACACGUCCGCCUACAGUUUCGAUGAAACCAAAGACUUGGACAUGGACGACAUCGUGCGCUACAUCCAGGCCAGUGAGCGAGUGGUCAUCAUGUGUGCGAGCAGCGACACCAUCCGGGGCAUCAUGCUGGCCGCGCACCGGCACGGGAUGACCAGCGGGGACUACGCCUUCUUCAACAUCGAGCUCUUCAACAGUUCUUCCUACGGAGAUGGCUCGUGGAAGAGAGGAGACAAACACGACUUUGAAGCUAAGCAGGCAUACUCAUCCCUCCAAACAGUCACUCUACUGAGGACAGUGAAACCUGAGUUUGAGAAGUUUUCCAUGGAGGUGAAAAGUUCUGUUGAGAAACAAGGACUCAAUGAGGAGGAUUACGUUAACAUGUUUGUUGAAGGAUUCCAUGAUGCCAUUCUCCUCUACGUCCUGGCUUUACACGAAGUCCUCAGAGCUGGUUACAGCAAGAAGGAUGGAGGGAAAAUUAUCCAGCAGACUUGGAACAGAACAUUUGAAGGAGUCGCUGGGACUGCUAAUUUAGACAGAGGGAGCCUGCCCUAUGCUUCCUUUGGAAACAUAAAUUUGACCUUUGACCUCUGUUUUUAUUUUUCUCCCCCUAUACAGGUUAUUGGUGAUUACUUCGGAAAAGAAGGUCGUUUUGAAAUGCGGCCCAACAUCAAAUAUCCUUGGGGACCUUUAAAACUGAGAAUAGAUGAAACCAGAAUCGUGGAGCACACAAACAGCUCUCCUUGCAAAUCAUCAGGUGGCCUAGAAGAAUCAGCGGUGACAGGAAUUGUUGUGGGAGCCUUACUAGGAGCUGGUUUGCUAAUGGCUUUCUACUUUUUCAGGAAGAAAUACAGAAUAACCAUUGAGAGGCGAAACCAGCAAGAAGAACGUAACGUUGGAAAACAUCGGGAGUUACGGGAAGAUUCCAUCAGAUCCCAUUUUUCGGUGGCUUAAAAGGGAGCCUUUUCUUUUGGCCUGAGAUUCUCUAAGGAGAUUGAUGGGAUGAAAGACAUCAAUGGAACAGAAGGGGUGCUCUUGAAGAAUUCAUUCUUUUAAGCAGUUAGUCAUUUUGUUGUAAAAUUCCUUUAGAAGCUCAGGAACUGUGAUUAAUCACCAUAUGCCCCCCAGCCUUUCAUCUCAUGACAAACAAAUACAAGAAUAUAACGUCACUCUGUUAAACAUUCAUACUGUUUCAAGGGCAUAUGAUUAGAUUUAUGGUUUGAAAAUCUGAUGUCUCCAUAUCUUGAUGGUUUUGGGGGGCAUGUCACACAAAGCUAUAAAAUGUGGUUUUCUUAAGUGAAAUGUUUUAUAGCUAGAAUAAAAUCAUUUUUACAAGUAGAAUAUUCUUGGAAAGAAUUUAACACCCAAGAAGAGGAAAAUAUAAUGAAAAAAUCUCAAGGUUGGAAAUACAGCGUUCCUUUCUCUAGCACUGGUGGGCGGAUUUGAGGUUGAGGACGGCUCUGUCCAAUGUAUACAUUCAGGUCCUGACUUCGUAUCUUGAAAAAGGAUUUUCUCCCUGUCUCCUUCAGUGUCUCAUAAAAGCUGCUCUGGACAGUUGUAACUAUUAAUGAGAUAAGAGGACUUAUACAAGAAAAACAAAUCUAAAAUGUUUCAUUUUUUAAUGUAAAGAAGCCCUGUUUCACACUAACAUUUUAUUUUUAAGUAUUUUAAUCUUAUAUUUUGCUAUUAGAAAAUGUGUCUAUUUUUUCAUUUUGAAAAUUAAAUUUCACUUAUAUUUUAAAGGCAUGGGUAAAGUGUACAACAAACCAACAAUGAUGAAAGAUGCUUCUCUUUUUCUGUUUCCCUCUUCCCUUGGCCAUAGCCAAAUGCAAAUUGCUGCCUUAAUUACAGAGAUCUAGAAAUGUAUUGAGAUGACAGACUCUACAGGAGUACACCAAUUUACCUGCAUUAAAUGUAAAUUAUUUUAGAGAGACUACCCUUCCAAUUCUGACCAAAUGAUGACUUUCAGGAUCAAGGGUGAAAUUUACUAGAAUUAAGUAGGAUUUUACAAAGGGAGGCAACCCUUUUUCUUCCGGAAAAACUUUAUAGAGUUGGAACUUGACAGUGAGCACAGAAAUGAUAAAUUAAAAAAAUUCAUACAUGACACUUUACUGAAAUUUACAGUAAAGAUUUUGGAUAAAAGAGGGACUCUAGCUACUAUAAACCCUUUCAGUUAACUCCAUAGAGUUUUCUUGCCAUCCACUAAUCACCCAUGUAACAGUGGGCUGGGUGUGGAUAUAAGGAAUUUGGACCAACGUGAAUAAGUAUUUACUGAAUACCUACUUUGCACCCCGUACUCUGCACAUCGGUUUAAAUCCAAGUUGCCACUUUCGUUUUUAAUUUGUGGAGAAAAUAGUGAGGGAAGAAUGCGAAGUUGCCGGAUUAGCACAGCACUUUGUAAUUAUGUCACUAGUCCUUGAUAACAUUUUGAGCAUCUGGAAAAUAAAAAAAAUAGUUUUAAAAAUUACUUUGAUGCCUAUAAAAGACCAUGUGUAGGGAGGAUAAUAAAGGUGUUGGAGCAAUUCUUUGGUAGUAAAAAAGGUCAUAAUUCACACAGGUAAUGCUGGAGGCAGAGUGAAUGGAAGCUGAGUGUCUUGGAAGUUGGCCCCAGAGCCCUCUUCCCUGGAGAAGUCGGCCUCUGUCAGUCCUACUUCAGCCAGUCAAAGUGAAUGGAUUAUUUCUGUGGGGCACAUUUACCCUUUAUUGUUUAAAAAGGAAUGCAGGCAGCUGGAGAACAUGAUAAAAGAAUUAACAAUGAACAAUGAAACAACUAUACUGUAGUUCUCCAUGUUGGAUGGAAAGGAAAAAGUGCUGAAUUCAAAAAGGAUGGAUGAAAAA